AUGCCUGACAACUACACCUACAAGAGCUCCGGCACCAACAGACAGGUACGUCCAUCUCAGCCCUAUCCCAUCUUGAUCAAGAUACUGACGCCAGCUCAGGGCAACCACUACUGCGCCCGAGACUACGGCAGCAGUGCCGCCAACUCUAACUCGUACCACUACUCCAACUCCGAUGGGUCGUACUACUACUCCAACCCCAAUGGCAGUACCUACUACAACAACGGCCAGGGUGACUCGACCUACACUUCUCCCAGUGGAAACACCUACACCUCCUCCUCUGAUAGCAAGAAGUGA